GCAGGAGAUGGACUACCCGUUGGAUCACCACUUUCUCGACCCUUCCAAGUCCACGUUGCUGCUGGUCGCCUACACAGUGCUCCCCUUGAAGCGGAUCCGGCUUCGACGUCUACUGCACCACAGACGGUCGGUCUGGCGAAUGACAUACUGCGGGAUCGCAUCCGUGCCAGCUUCUGGCAGAGCUACUCAAAACGCAUCGCGUGAGCUCAAAGAUUUGCAUAUUUAUACAGGUCUUUCUCGGUUGUGA